AUGGCGCUGAAAGAUUUUGCUGCUCAUAUCAAAAGCACAUACACUAAUAUCAAUAUUCUGCUCGAGCCAGAUGUGGCGACAGAAUUAGAGACCCAAGUACCUUUCAAUGUCUGCAGCUCACCUCAUAAGGGGGAUGGAACAACAUUGUACCACGACAAGGUCGAUUUGAUCGUCACUUUCGGAGGGGAUGGCACAAUACUGCACGCCUCGUCGUUGUUCGCUGCGGCUGCACGUGUGCCGCCGAUAUUGUCCUUCAGCAUGGGUACUCUAGGAUUUUUGAGCGAGUGGAAAUUUGCAGAGUUCAAGAGAGCGUUCCGCGAGACGUAUAUGUCAGGAUCAGAGGCCGAGCGUAAAAGCACGAUAUCUGACGGUGAUACCGGCAGUAAAGAUAGUCUCACAGGGUGGUCGUCCGUCAGAGGCAAGUCUAUGGGCUCGACCCGAGGUGCUCGUGUGCUAGUCCGGCAAAGGUUGAAAGUGGGCAUCUACGAUGCAAAUGGAAACAGACUCACUACGAAAGGGAGCUCAUCAAGAGAUAUGCAUGCUAUGAACGAAGUCCUACUGCACCGCGGACGAGAACCACAUUUGGCGAUCGUCGAUGUUUUCGUGGGAGGCAGGUUCCUUACCGAAGCAGUAGCAGACGGCAUGAUUAUCUCGACGCCCACUGGAAGCACGGCGUACAGUCUGAGCAGUGGCGGCAGCAUUAUUCAUCCCUUGGUGCCAUCAUUGUUACUUACUCCCAUCUGUCCAAGAAGUUUGAGCUUCCGACCGCUCAUAUUGCCAUGGUCAACACCUAUUACUUUGAAGUUGAGUGAGAAGAAUAGGGGAAGGGAAGUCGAAGUGAGCAUCGAUGGUGCGAGAAGAGAACAAGGGAUAGGCGUCGGCACAGAACUUCGUGUCUUAGGCGAGGAAGUCACCCAGCAGAACGGUGAAUGGCGAGGAGGAAUACCUUGUGUUAUGAGGAGAAGCAGUGCUGGUGCUGGUGGUGACGAUGGUUGGGUGGGAGGCCUCAACGGAUUGCUCAAAUUCAACUAUGCUUUUGGCGAGGGUAACUAG